GCUCUUAUUGUGUAUUUAUAUUUUCCACGUAGAUGAGGCCAUAACACCGACCCUCUCUUCAUUACGUUUUUCACUGAAGACAAACGACAUCCGUCAUAUUUUAUGUUUUAUUUAUGUACUUCAUGAAAGCGAACAAGCUAUAUGUUAUUGUGAAGAUAGAAAGGGGAAGAACCCUUCGAUUAGCCGGUGCAGGCUAGCUGAGUUCGCUAACUUUCCUUGCAUUGUAGCUAGCUAGCUAGGUUGUCGUCGUAGUCACUGUGCGCUACGGUUUGUUAUUUGAUAGCUGCCAAUCCUUCGUGUGUAAAUUAAUCAUGGCAACUAGGCGCUUGACCGAUGCCUUCUUAUUAAUGCGGAACAAUGCAAUCCAAAAUCGGCAUAUAUUGGCUGAGCAAGUGAGUACAUACGACCCCCGUCGUACUCUGAGUACACGUAGCAAUGCUGCGGAUGCAGGGCCUUUUACAAAUGCUGUCUAUGAGCUUGAUGAGUUGGCUGAUGACCGCAUGGCCCUGGUCUCCGGGAUAAGUCUGGACCCAGAAGCUGCCAUCGGAGUCACCAAGAGACUGCCACCCAAGUGGGUAGAUGGGGUAGAUGAGAUUCAGUAUGAAAUCACACGGGUCCGGCAGAAAAUGAAGGAGCUGGCCGCCCUCCAUGAUAAGCACAUGAACCGUCCCACCCUGGAUGACAGCAGUGAAGAAGAGCAUGCCAUAGAAAUCACUACUCAGGAGAUCACACAGAUGUUCCACCGGUGUCAGCGUGCGGUGACAGGUCUGCAGUCUCGCUGUGGCCACUGCACAGAGCAGGAGGAGAGGCUUUUGAGAAACGUGGUGUCCUCAUUGGCAGGGAGCCUGCAGGAGCUGUCCACCAACUUCAGACACACACAGUCCAGUUACCUGAAACGCAUGAAGAAUCGUGAGGAGAGAUCCAAGCACUUUUUUGACUCCGGUCCUCUAAUGGAGGAGGAUGAAGACAUAGCACUAUAUGACAGGGGGUUUACAGAUGACCAGCUGGUCCUGGUAGAGCAGAACACAGUGAUGGUGGAGGAACGCGAGAGAGAGGUCAGACAGAUAGUCCAGUCCAUCUCUGACCUGAAUGAGAUUUUCCGAGACCUGGCUGGAAUGGUGGUGGAACAGGGCACAGUACUUGACAGAAUUGACUUCAAUGUGGAGCAAUCGUGUGUCAAAACAGAAGAGGGGUUGAAACAGUUACAAAAGGCUGAACAGUAUCAGAAGAAAAACCGAAAGAUGCUGGUCAUUUUAAUCCUUACCGUUAUAGUUGUUGUUCUAAUACUUAUUCUAUUUGGGACAAAGUUCUAGUGAUGCAUUCCUUUGCUUUUGGUAUGUCUGUGUGUCUGUUUGGUGUGCAUAUGUGUGCUUGUAUGAGGGUCUUCUCUGUACUUCAAACAAUGCUGACUACCUGUCCAACUUUCCAAUCACCCUUCCAAAAUCUCUCGCUGUAUGGCUCAUGGAGAUGUGUUGAAUGCAUGAUCCUUAAGAGAGGACAGCCAGGGAGAGUUCCUAUUUAACUUUGGAACAGGCCUGCACACAUGCCCACUGUCUGCCCCAAUACACUCUUGAACAUAUCCUCCAUGUGUCAUGGUACUGCUACAAACAAACACAGAAAAAACACUCCUUAAAUUUCCUUGUGGUCGACUACUGAUUGUCAUGGCCAUACGUUUUGCUUUGUUUUUGGAGAAAAUAAGUGGUUUUCUUGUGAUAGUAAGCAUCAUCUGUCCAGUUUUAUUGUAAGCUAUAGUUGUAAGCCCUGCUUUCCCAUGUCUGUUAUUCCAAGAGAAUAAUUCUGACAACUCAGCUACUGCACAGGUGAAUACUGAAUGUCUAUGAACAUUUGUGUCUCGUGGUGUUGCUUUUACGGACCCUGGUCAUUGCAGACACUUGAUUCGUUGUGCAUUUGUUUCAUUUUCUGCUUUAUCAUGUUUCCUUUUUUAAAGAGGGAGAAAUUACAAGGGUUUUUGUGUCUCUCAGUGACUGAAGAACUACAAUACUGAUUCAUUGAUCACCAAAACUUCCUUUUGGAUUCAGAGCUGUACUUGACCAUCCUAAAUUCAUGUCUCUGUACCAACAGCAGUGUCUUUCAUGAUGUUGCACAUUUUAGAUCACUUGAUGACUGCUUUCUCUUGUUUCACGACCCUUUAUAUUGUUCGGUAUCGCUAACUGAUACAUCAGUUGAGUUUAUUAUUUAGUAUUUUAUACCUCUCACAGUUUGCACAUAUCGAAAGACUGAUGUUUGGUUUCAUGUCUGUCAAACUACUGUCUCCUGUAUAAUAUGAAAUUAUAAUUAUUUAUUUUGAAUUCAAAUUGUAUAAAAGGUGAAAGGUUGUCUAAUAUGGCAAAGAUGUAUUGAGUAGCCUAAAUUGUGUCUAUGGCAGCCUGUGUUGGAAUGAACAAUGUGAUGCAAGCCUUUGUGCUCAGAAAUUACUUUGCCGAUCCCACUACAAAAUCAACACUACUCUACUGUUUCUUAUGAAGAAUGGACCUGUUUUUUGGAAAGAUGUGACCCAUUUCAUGUUAAAUUCAGUAUAGAAUUCUUUGUUUGCUCAA